AUGCCUCCAAAGCGUAAAUCCAACGGCAUACCACACAAUGCCAUAUCUGCGAACAAAUACACUGACGCAUCCGGCAACGCAACCAACAAGCGUUCGCGCAUAGCCAAACCUCUUGAUAAAACAUUGAUAAACAGCACGCCACUGCCAGAUGGGACGGCAAGAAACUCUGAAAAUAGCGCACCUGGAGAUGCUAUCCAGAACGGAGAAGGUGAUUUUGACCACUCGAGGCCAGAAGAACGAGCAGGCAUCGUCCACCGCAGAUAUUAUCCAGCAGAAAUGAGCAACGAGCGAUGCGCCAUGUACAACGCUAACGAGAUUCCACGGCCAAUUGCAAUCUUGGAGAAAACUUUGAAAGAUACGAAGCAGAGGAGGGAUACGAUACAAAGCGGAAACGAAGGUGGACACGGCGAUGCAGUUAUGCAUUGGUUCAAGCGCGACUUGCGCGUACGAGACAACACAGGCCUCUCGAAAGCUGCAGCGCUCGCAAAGAGUAAAGGAAUUGGCCUGGUUGCUGUCUGGAUAAUGAGUCCACAGGACUGGGAAGCACAUCUUGUCAGCCCACCAAAAUGUGAUUUUGAGCUUCGUUCGGUGCAGCUGCUCAAGCAGGAAUUAGAUGAGCUUGACAUACCCCUGUAUAUUGAGACGGCGGACGAGAGGAAGAACAUAAAAAAGCGAUUGGUCGAAUUGGCACUUGAGUGGAACGUAAAGAAUGUCUUCUGCAACCUUGAAUACGAGCCCGACGAGCUGCGCCGAGAAGAGCGGCUGGUACAUAUGAUGUUGGAGAAAGGUAUCAACAUGGAUCCACAACACGAUGACUGCGUCGUACCACCCGGAAGCCUUAAGACGGGUACCGGUAAACAAUAUGCAGUAUACACACCCUGGUACCGCGCCUGGGUUGCAUACCUCCAUGCACAUCCUCAUCUUCUCAACGAACGCUCCAUGCCAGAGAAGAAUCCUGCCGGUUUCCGCGAAAAUUUUAUCAAGCUGUUCGAUUCCAGAGUCCCUGAUUUACCAGAAUGCAAGUCUCUUACAGCUGAAGAGAAGGAGCGGUUCCACCAUCUAUGGCCUGCUGGCGAGUCAGCUGCUAUCGACCGAUUGGAACGUUUCCUCAUCGAGAAAGUCACCAAGUACAAGGACACGCGUAACUUCCCUGCUUUGAACAAUACUGGCCGAAUCAGUGUACAUCAUGCAGCUGGAACACUAGCCGCUCGAACGAGUGUGCGUAUGGCGAGGGACAUUAACAGCGUGAAAAAGCUCGAUGGGGGCAAGGAGGGCAUAAAAGGCUGGAUUGGAGAAGUAGCUUGGCGUGACUUUUACAGACAUGUUCUAGUUCACUGGCCCUAUGUAUGCAUGAACAAACCCUUCAAGUACGAGUACACAAACAUCGAAUGGGAAUACAAUGAUGCCCACUUUGAGGCCUGGACACAAGGUCGUACAGGUUAUCCCAUCGUUGAUGCCGCAAUGCGCUGUCUCAAACACACGGGCUACAUGCACAACCGACUUCGUAUGAUAACAGCAUCAUUCCUAGCCAAACAUCUCUUGUUAGACUGGCGUCUUGGUGAACAAUACUUCAUCACGCACCUCAUUGACGGUGACUUCGCCUCAAACAACGGCGGCUGGGGCUUCAGUGCUUCAACAGGUGUGGAUCCUCAACCCUACUUCCGCAUCUUCAAUCCUUGGACACAGUCUGAGAAGUUUGACGAGCAAGGUGAAUUCAUUAGGCUAUGGGUGAAGGAGCUAGAAGGUGUGCAAGGAGCCGCAAUACACAAUCCCUACCAGGCAAAGGGGGAGGCGGCCAAGAUUGCAAAGAAAAAUAGGUAUCCCGAACCAAUUGUGGAGCACAAAUUUGCGCGAGAGAGGUGUCUGGCGAGGUACAAGGCUGGUAUUGGGAGGGAGACUGCGUAA